AGCGACUAGCUUUCCGUGCGGUGCGGCGGCGACGGCGGCGCGCGUCUUCCUCCUCCUCCUACCGCGGGGCUAGAGUCCCUGACGGUGUCCAGCUGCGCUUAAGUCCGGCCGGUGCCACCUAUCUCCGCAAUGCCCCCCAAGAAACAGGCUCAGGCCGGGGGCAGCAAAAAGGCGGAGCAGAAAAAGAAGGAGAAGAUUAUCGAAGACAAAACUUUCGGUCUAAAGAAUAAAAAAGGAGCAAAGCAACAGAAGUUUAUCAAGGCUGUCACUCAUCAAGUUAAAUUUGGUCAACAAAAUCCACGUCAGGUAGCACAAAGUGAAGCUGAAAAGAAAUUGAAGAAAGAUGACAAGAAGAAAGAAUUGCAAGAGCUAAAUGAGCUGUUCAAACCUGUAGUUGCUGCUCAAAAAAUAAGUAAAGGUGCAGAUCCCAAAUCUGUUGUAUGUGCAUUCUUCAAGCAAGGACAGUGUACUAAAGGAGAUAAGUGUAAGUUCUCUCAUGACUUGACUCUGGAGAGAAAGUGUGAAAAGCGAAGUGUUUACAUUGAUGCAAGAGAUGAAGAACUUGAAAAAGAUACAAUGGAUAAUUGGGAUGAGAAAAAACUGGAAGAAGUAGUGAACAAGAAGCACGGUGAGGCGGAAAAGAAAAAACCAAAAACUCAAAUAGUGUGCAAGCAUUUCCUUGAAGCUAUUGAGAACAACAAAUACGGCUGGUUUUGGGUGUGCCCUGGAGGGGGUGAUAUUUGCAUGUAUCGUCAUGCGCUUCCUCCUGGAUUUGUAUUGAAAAAAGAUAAAAAGAAAGAAGAGAAAGAAGAUGAAAUUUCAUUAGAAGAUCUAAUUGAACGAGAGCGUUCUGCCCUAGGUCCAAAUGUUACCAAAAUCACUCUAGAAUCUUUUCUCGCAUGGAAGAAAAGAAAAAGACAAGAAAAGAUUGAUAAACUUGAACAAGAUAUAGAAAGAAGGAAAGCAGACUUCAAAGCAGGGAAAGCAUUAGUGAUCAGUGGUCGUGAGGUGUUUGAAUUUCGUCCUGAACUGGUUGAUGAUGAUGAUGAAGAAGCAGAUGAUACCCGUUACACCCAGGGGACAGGUGGUGAUGAGGUUGAUGAUUCAGUGAGCGUAAAUGACAUAGAUUUAAGCCUGUAUAUCCCAAGAGAUGUAGAUGAGACAGGUAUUACUGUAGCCAGUCUUGAAAGAUUCAGCACAUACACUUCAGAGAAAGAUGAAAACAAAUUAAGUGAAGCUUCCGGAGGUAGGGCUGAAAAUGGUGAAAGAAGUGAUUUGGAAGAGGACAACGAAGGGGAGGGACAGGAAAAUGGAGCCAUCGAUGCUGUUCCUGUUGAUGAAAAUCUUUUUACUGGGGAAGAUUUGGAUGAACUAGAAGAAGAAUUAAACACACUUGAUUUAGAAGAAUGACACCAAACAAGUCAAUGAAAAAAUUAAGCUGGCUCAGCAUGAGUUGAAAUUGACUACAUUAAUUUUUUUCCACCUAGAAUUCUUCAACAGGAUGUUUGUUUCCCAUGCUGAUUCUGGAGGACUUACUCUCCUCCAAAAAAGGAAUAUUCUCCUUCCAUCUUGUCUUCUGACUUUGGCUACAUCUCAUAGUAAGUUCAGAGUAGUUCAUGAUAAAUUAAAAAUAUAAUGGUCAUUGCAGAAAAUGAUUGUUGUAACUGUCCACUCAAAUAGGAAUUGUAACUGCUUUUCCAGCUUUUGAUUUUCAUUGGGCAUGUGUUAUUACAGGAACAACAUAAAUUUAAAUUACCCUUCAUUUAAUGCAGUUUUUAAUGAGUGAUUUUAUUUCCUUUGUAUUUAUAUGUUUAAAAGACUGCCUAAGAUAUGAGCCUGUGCUUCAUAAAGGAAACUGCAUAUGCAGAUUCAGUGUUGUUUAUCUUUGGACAAUUAGGUGAACAUUUAAAAUGAAACUUCAUUUAUCUGACAAGAUCAGCUGCAGUGCCCUGUGUUAAACUGUUUUAAACUUUUCCCUUUUCUUUUUUGCCAAUAAAGUUGUAAAUAAAGACCGUGAUAACAUUAAAA